AGUUUAAAAAAAAUAUUGUCAGGUGUCAGCAGACAAAAUAAAAAAUGAAAGAAAAUUAAAUUCAUUUGAAAAUUGAUUUUAUUGUGUCUGUCUUGUGUUCAAUAACUAUAAAUAAUAUAGAAAUGAUUUGAUACAUUCAUGAGGAAUGCUAUAAAUUUCAGUCGUGCCUACAUUUUUGUGAUUACUAUAUUAUAAUCUACAUAAGAAUUCAAUCUAUAAUUAAAAAUGAGUUUGGUUGGGAAAAAGUGUGAAUCAAUACCCAUUUCAGAUUCGAAUAAAGAUGAUAAUAUCACUUGUGUAAUCACCCCGGAGGAUGUUUUGCGCCUGGACAGAAUUACUGACACAUAUCUCUGCAGUCCUGAAGCUAAUGUAUACGAUAUAGAUUUUACGCGGUUUAAAAUAAGGGAUUUGGAAACUGGGACAGUACUGUUUGAGAUUGCAAAGCCCCCUACUGAUUUCGGUGUGGAUAACGAAGGCGCCGAGGAUGCACUGGAUGAACCUCUCGACCCUAAUGCUGGCAGAUUUGUUCGGUACCAGUUUACACCACAAUUUUUAAAACUGAAGACUGUUGGCGCCACUGUGGAGUUCACUGUGGGGCCUCGGCCAGUGAAUCAUUUCAGAAUGAUUGAGAAGCACUUCUUUAGAGAUACUUUGCUCAAGACAUUUGACUUUGAGUUUGGAUUCUGCAUACCAUUUUCCAGAAACACUUGUGAACACAUUUAUGAAUUUCCAACUCUGCCUUCUGAUUUAGUUGAAGAAAUGAUUGCAGCUCCAUUUGAGACAUGUUCGGACAGCUUUUAUUUUGUGGACAAUCAUCUUGUGAUGCAUAAUAAGGCAGAUUAUGCAUACAACGGAGGCAUUAACAACUGAUUUACAAGUUUUCUAUUAACUUAGGUAAUGUUGUCACCUUUAACAUAAUAUUUUUUUAAGAGAUGUAUCUAAUAAUAUCAUACUGAAUCAACUAUUUAAAGCUAUUUCUCAUUGUUAUUAUUACUUUUUAUUCAGCAUCAGAUCAGCACAUUAUUCCAAAAAUAAUUUUUAAAGAUUUGAAUCAUAUUAUUAGUGAAAUGAUUUGUAACAGGUGUUUAUUGUUAUACUGUAUACAUUCCACUGGUUUGAAAUUGGAUUCUGAACUGUUAUUUGGUUUUAAUAUCUAAAUUAUUGUGAUCAUCCAUAGCAUUCCUAUUGUUAAUUCCUUUUCAAAAAUUCCCUGGGGCAAUAAGUUGUUAAUUUUAGUUACUCUAAGUAGUUGUUUAAGAAUCUUGAUUUUGUAAUUAUCCAAUCUUAAUUUAUUUCUUUAUAAAGAUUUUUACAGCAUGAAUAUUUAAUACAUUUGUGAGUGGGAAAAGAAAACAAAGAAACAAAAGAAUAAAGAGAACGAAAGUCGCAUUUUCGUAAAAAUAUUUAAGUCCCUAUUCGUCAAAAAAAUAAUAAUUUUGAAUUAAUUGAAAAGAUUUUCGUAAUAUAUAAUAAGAUUUGUAUUUUCCCUCAAUUAUGAAAUAAAACCUAGUUUAGACUAUUAAUGGACUAGACAUAAAGUUACGUGUACAUAAUCAAUAAUUCUGAACAAGGCCGCCGCUAAUGUCACCGGGUGUAUGUGCGUGAUUCACUUGUAAUAAUUCUCACGGGUGGUGUGAGGGGCGGGCCCUCAAUGACGGAUAUACAUUAUGUUCCCAAGUUCAAGUUGGUUUUCGGGCUAACUUUGUAGUUCAACCCAAUAUUGUAUCCCUUGAUUGAUUGAAAGAAGUAGGUAUUUAGGCGAUGGCUAGCAACCUGUCGCUAUUUGAAUCUCAAAUCUAUCAUAAAGCCAAACAGCUGAGUGUGGCCUUUUAGUUUUUCUAGACUCUUGGAUCUGGGAUAGGCAAAGGAUGUAGACGACUAUAUGUACCUAUGUUUUCAAUUCCAUGAAAUUCAAGGCCAUAAUCAUCGCUUCGUAUAAUCUUUGACAUAAGUACGCCUAAAAACAAUUAUGAUUAUGAGCAAUGAAAAUAAAAUAAAUAUGCGGACUUCUCCCUAGCAAGCUCCCCAGGGAGCAAGCAAGAUUUGUAAAUUUAUAGGAAAAUUUUACAAAUUAUGAAUAAAGGCUACAUUUUUCUUAGUUCAGGGUUACAGGCCGUGUUUUAUGUUAUAGAAAUUCCAACAUACCUACUUAAUAAGACCAUGUAAGCUUACAUUCUAUUCAGUCAGAAAAUUUUACACAAUAUUUUUUCUUUAUGAUAAUUACAUUCCAUAAGUACCAUUCCGUUAUCUGCCCUAACACGUGGCACUGCAAUCUUCAUCAGUUAUGUAUCUCUAAGUCUAUUUUUUUAUUUUAUUAAAUGCAUUAGUUAAGCGAGGGAAAUCAUGAAUAAACCUGCAAAUUCAGGCCACCAUGAUCCAAUAUGUGCAAGGUUGUGGAGUCAGACGGGAGUCGCUUCAGUUCAGUCACGUUUCUUGACUUACGCAGGAUCUUGUCCAGAGAGGUGGGGAUUGGUUUCAUGAUUUCAAUGGUUUAUUGAAGUUUAAAUAAUAUUAUGUCUACAGAAAAUAGCUUAAUCCACUCAACAGACAGAACUACUAGCAAUGUGCCGCGUGUCAUUCCUAUGUGUGCGUGCGGUCUUAAAUAUUUUUGAGGUGUUAUUUUUUUAUCCAAUAUUUUAUAUAGGUACCUAUUUACUAUGAAAAUUAUUUUUUCAGGGAAUUUGUUAUUCACACUAAGUUAUCGUUAGCACUAUUUAGCACUUAACGUUUGUUGUUCACUAAAAUGUUUUUGUGUGAGACACUUUUUUAAUGUGAUUAGGCUAAGUGGGUGCUUCAUUGAUCUAAAUACUAGUCACUCGAUUAAAUGUUUAAAUUAAUUGUAAGUUUCAUUUAUUUAUACAUCAUGAAAAAAUGUUUGAAACAAGUUUCUAUACAGGGUGAUGGAAGAUGAUAAUAAUAAAUUCUAUACUUUAAACUAGACUUGUCAGCAAUAUUUAUUAGGGACUCUCAAUAAAAAUUUACACUGCAUGUUCAAUACAUGUACAUUGGAAUCUUAUAUUAUAUUUUUUUAAUGUUAAUUAUUGGUUUCUAGUGAUUGUGAUGCUCUAAAGGCGUGUCUCCUGAGACACUGUUUUGUGUUUUCUAAUAUUUUAAAUGAAUCAUUUAACAAAAUAUUGAAAUAAACUUUGUUAGAUUGCCGCAGUCGCAAGAGAAUAAAUGCCACAGACGCCACAUAACGAAAGACGGUUCGAAACGGACAACUAAAAACACAUAUAACAAGUAUGUACUAGCUUAUUGAGUCUGCUUGCAAAAUUAUUUUAAGUCAGUAUUUUAAUUAAUAUUUGUCACUUAAUUGUAAAGGUCUUGUCACUAAAACCUGGACAGGGCUGCUUGUGCCACUCACAGAAUAAGAAAUUUACUUACGUACCAAAUAUUAUCAUAAUUCUAAUAAUGAGCACAGCUAAACAAUAUUUUGGUGCAAGCAAGAGUAUCCCGCCAGAGAGGUAUUAUAUAAUUAGAAAAUGUAGAACCUUUUAAGCCGUCCAAUCUUGUCCUAAUAGGACAAAGUACUAUUAAAUUUAAAUUCUUAAGGGUACGAAAUUGAAUGUGUUCAUUGUAUUUAUUUAUGUAUAUUUCAUUUGUUUUUGUUCUAAUGCUUAAUUACUAGCCCCGCAAGUAGCGUUAGGUUUAUGUAACAGUUAUUAGAAGUGUACCUAGCUUGAUUCUGGUUAAAAAUAAAAUAUAAGUGGUAUCUAUAUUGUAGGUUUGUCUGCAACGGUCAAGCAGGUAUCUGAAGUCAUCCUAUAUGCGUAUUCUACAAUAAAUAACUGCCAUUAAAUGAGAGCCCACUGCAAAUAGAUAAUUAUAUACAAUUGAACAAUAAUCACACUAAAAUGUACUUAAUAUCAUAAUUUUUGUGAGUUUAUAUUUAGUAAGUAAUUAACUUCUCUAUCAGUAGAAAACACUGAAAUUUGUAUUAUUGGUUGGUCAUAAAAAUCUAAAUAUUCAAGUAUUUGCGGUGUUUUUGUUGCUUUUCUGUAGAAAGUAGCAAAAAGGAAAUGCUUUGGUGAUGUAGGUAGGUUUGACUGUUUCAUAAAUUUGCACGUUUUAUGGUUUUGUAAAUUGCAUAAUAUAGACAAUCAAAAUAGAAAUCGUCAGGAGCUGAGCUGGGCAUCCUGGUUAAGUAUGUAGGUACCGGAUAUGUGAAAAUCACUGUCACCACACUAGUUUUGUCGAUGAAAUAAAGAAUCAAUAUGUACCUACCAGUAUA